AUGUUGAAUAAGGGAAGAGCAACAGAUAUGUACAGAUUAAGUACAUACUUUGUGGCUAGAACUACAUGUGCCCUUUCAUUAGACCUUGUAUUACCGGUGCUCUUCCUCCUAGUUGUUUAUUUCAUGGCUGGUUUGAGACUCAGCGCAGGACCCUUUUUCCUGAGUAUUCUUACAAUCUUUCUCUGCAUUGGCAGCUCAGGGACUUGGACUUGA